AUGUCCGUCGCAGCUUUGUCCAAGUCGCUGCCAAAGCCGAAAUACUCGGGCGAAGAGGAGGAGCUCACCAACAGCACGCGCGUGCUAACCGCAGAGCAAUAUGAAGCGCAAGUAGUCGCGAAGAAGGGCCCGCCGCCCUACGGCCAAAGGCAGCACUGGAGGCCCCGCGCGCCUGAAGACUUUGGCGAUGGAGGCGCAUUUCCGGAAGUACUCGUCGCGCAGUACCCGCUCGACAUGGGAAAGAAGGGCCAACCAUCCACAUCCAACGCGCUCGUGAGGAGAGUCGACGGCGAGGGCAAGACCAAGUACGACGAGAUUGCGCGACGCGGACACGGCGAUUCGAGGAUUGUGCAGGCCAGCUUCAAGGACCUCAUUCCUCUGCGCCAACAGGCAGACGCUGGCGAGCUGGACUUGUCGCGUCCUUCUGCGGAGGUUGUCCAAGCAACCAAGGAGAAGACUGAGCAGGCCCUCAUGGCAUUGGUUCAAGGGCAGACUGCCGCGCAACGGCCCAAGAACGUACAGGGCAGAAAGAACGACGAGCCGACUUUCGUCAGAUAUACACCUACGGCUCAGCAUGGUCAAGCCCAGGGCCAGACGCGCAUCAUCAAGAUCCAACAAAGACAGAUCGAUCCCAUGGAGCCGCCCAAGUUCAAGCACAAGCGCAUUCCUCGCGGACCACCUUCGCCUCCCCCACCCGUCCUCCACUCACCGCCGCGAAAGCUGACAGCCGAAGACCAAGAACUUUGGAAGAUCCCACCCCCAAUCAGUAACUGGAAGAAUCCCAAGGGAUACACAGUGCCACUAGACAAACGUCUAGCAGCCGAUGGUCGGGGGUUGCAGGAUAUCACGAUCAACGACAAGUUUGCUCAAUUCGGCGAAGCGUUGCAGGCAGCCGACAGACAUGCACGAGAGGAGGUCAAGCAGCGUGCGAUCAUGCAGCAAAGAUUAGCGGAGAAGGAGAAGCUACAAAAGGAGGAGCACCUGCGAAACCUGGCGAAGGAGGCACGAGAACAGCGCGCCAACACCUCCCGAAGGCGAUCACAGAGCGAAUCGGACACUGAUUCGGAAGAAGAGGCAGUGCGGAAGCGAAUGGACGCUCGUAAGGAGAGGCGCGAGGAUUUCCAGCGCGAACUCCGUCAGUCGCGGAUGGGUACCGAGCGCAAGAUCCAGAUGCUGGCUCGGGAGCAGAAUCGUGAUAUUUCUGAAAAGGUCGCACUCGGUCUGGCCAAGCCGACACAGAGCGGAGAGUCCAUGUACGACUCGCGGCUGUUCAACCAGUCCAGCGGAUUCAACGCUGGUUUCAACGAGGACAACCACUACGACAAGCCUCUCUUCGCAGCUCAGGAUGCUAUCAGCAGCAUCUACCGCCCGAGUGUACAGCAGGAUGACGGAGAAGACGAGGGGCAGACCUACGACCGGAUCACCAAGUCGAGCAAGUUCGAAGUCCUUGGAAAGGCCAAGGAGGGUUUCAAGGGUGCGGAUCUGCAAGAGGCCCGAGACGGACCAGUUCAAUUUGAGAAGGAUACUGACGAUCCGUUCAAUAUCAACCAGAUGAUUGACGAGGUUCGUGGUGAGAAAGGCGAGAAGACUGGAGAGAAGCGUUACGGCAUCCAGGAGCCGGAGGGCAGAUCAGCCAAGCGCGCCAGGGUUGAUGAUGACAGUGAUUGA